AUGCAGCUGGGAAUUCCCAUGCGAAGUCCUUUCGUUCAACCCAGAGCACUGCCCGAAGUCGGGGCAACGCAAGAAUCUUGUGACAUGCCAAUAUUUGAGAAUGCUAGAACCAAAAGUAAUGCCACCUGGUUUAAACUCAAUGACAAGUUGGACUAUGAAUGUAAUGUUGGGUUUGAAAACAGAUUAUGACAUGACAAUGGAUCCAUAGUAUGUAAGGCCAAUGGAUGGUCUCAUAUGCCCAUAUGUUAUGAGAAGGAAUGCAUAAUUCCUGAAAUUGAGAAAUUCUUAGUUGCUGAUCCCAAGAAAGAAAAAUAUAAAGUCAGAGAAUUGUUGAAAUUUUUCUGCCGAUCAGGACUUAGAAGAGUUGGACCAGAUUCAAUGCAAUGCUACUAUUUUGGAUGGUCCCCUAAUAUUCCAGUAUGUAAAGUUGAAGAUUUAUCUUACUAUGUAUAUUCAUAUCGUCCACCUCCUCUACUCCUUAAUGGAAAAGUUCAGGACAAAAUGGAAGAAGAAUAUGGACACAAUGAGGUGGUAGGAUAUAAUUGCAAUCCCAGAUUUCUGAUGAAGGGACCUAAUAAAAUUCAAUGUGUUGAUGGAAAGUGGACAACCUUGCCAAUAUGUACUGAGGAGGAGAGAACAUGUGGAGCUGUAUCUGAACUUGACCAUGGCUCUGCCCAGCAUUCUGCCUCUCCAUAUUACCAUGGGGAAUCAGUGGAUGGAGACAGAUCAAUUACAAGUAUUAGUGGAAUGUGGACCCAACUUCCUCUGUCUGUUGCAACAGAUCAACUUGAGAAGUGUAAAGCACCAAGACACUCCUGCCCACCUCCACCUCAGAUUCCCAGUGCUGAAGACAUGACAACCACAGUGAAAUAUCAGGAUGGAGAAAAAGUAUCUGUUCUUUGCAAGAAAAAUUAUCUGAUUCAGGGAGCAGAAGAAAUCGUGUGCAAAAAUGGAAGAUGGCUGUGAAUACCACGCUAUGUUGAUUCCACAGGAAAAUGUGGUUCUCCUUCCCCUGUUGAAAACGGAGACCUCACUUCAUUCCCGACAUCAGUAUAUUCUCCAGGAUCAUCGGUUGAAUAUCAGUGCCAGUCUUUGUAUCAACUUCAGGGUAGCAAGACAAUAGUGUGUAGAGCUGGAGAGUGGUCAGAAUCACCCAAAUGUUUACAACCUCUGCAGGCCCCGGAGGCCCUGAGCUCCUCACAGAGGACUGCAAUGGACCCUCAGCCCUGCCCCCUUAUGCGGCCCUGGCCUCGUUGCUCCUUUGAGGGCACCCUGGCGGCCCCGCCCUCGCUGGACACUGGCUUGGAUGCCCACGAGGGUCCGCAUGCUGCAGUGGAAUGUUGGAUGGGCCCGCGACCAACUGCCCACCACCCAAAGGCAAAUGAACAGGCUGAAGAGGAAUUCAAACUACCUUCGGCCUGGACGCGGGCAGCCCUUGUCCGAAAUUCUCAGCUCAGAUGCUGGGCCGGGUGUCAGGCGUCCAAUGUCUGCCCUACGUCCCUGGUGACCGUUCUGUUUGCGGUGAAGCGGUGUACCCCUCAUCUCCAUGCCUUUGGGACUCUUUGGGGACACGUUGCUGGGGCCCAUGGCCAUAAUGCAGUCAAAGGUGGCUGGAGAUGUCAGAAACCCCACACUGAGCUCCAGGACAUCCCUGUGCUGACCAUGAUCACCUCUGCCAGCUCUGGAGGCCCUGAGCUCCACACAGAGGACCACACUGGACCCUGGGCCCUGCAACCAGUCCUGGCCCUGGCCUCACUACUCCUUGAGGGCACCCUGGUGACCCCACCUUUGCUAGAACCUGCCUUGCCUGCCCACGUGCUCAGAGUGUCUGUGAGCUGCAGUGGAAUGUUGGAUGGGCCCGAGAGCAACUGCUCAGCACCCGAAGGCACUGAACAGGCUGAAGAGGAGCUUCAAGCUCCCUUCAGUCUGGAUGUGGUGCAGCCCUAG